CUCUCCUUAAACAACGUCACGGGGCCGCGUGGUCGAGUUUGACUUGCAGUGUCUAAUUUUCUUCAAUUUGUCUACGAAAAGCGUAAUUAAAGUGGUCAAUCAUGGGUCGUAUGCAUGCUCCUGGUAAGGGUAUCUCCAAAUCGGCUCUGCCGUACCGCAGAGGAGUGCCCACUUGGCUCAAACUGACCUCCGAUGAGGUGAAGGAACACAUCAAGAAGCUCGGCAAGAAGGGUUUGACGCCAUCCCAGAUUGGCGUGAUUCUUAGGGACAUGCAUGGUGUUGCCCAGGUGCGCUUCAUCACAGGAAACAAGAUCAUGCGGAUCAUGAAGGCCAUGAGCCUUGCCCCUCAGCUGCCGGAGGAUUUGUACUACCUUAUCAAGAAGGCAGUUGCCAUCCGCAAGCACUUGGAGAGGAACAGAAAGGACAAGGAUUCCAAGUUCAGACUCAUUCUGGUUGAGUCCCGUAUUCACCGUUUGGCUCGUUAUUACAAGACGAAGAGCAUGGUUCCCCCUAACUGGAAAUACGAGUCCAGCACAGCUUCAGCCCUCGUCUCAUAAAUCCCCACACAUUUCUUAUUAUUAAAAAUCCCUCUGGCAAAGGACCAAUCAAAUUUCCGGUUAGCAUUUACAAACACAGGUUGUAUUCCUUAAUAAUUUUGGAGAUACAUCCGAGUAUGUUAUUAGAUGUGAUCCGGUCUUCUAUUGCUUUGCGAAUUGCCAGAGAAAAAAUGUGGGAUGGUUUCUUUGUUACCUGCAAAUAAAUUUUUCCUCACAGAAA